UGACACGUACCGUCAAUAAUAGCUGUGAAGAGGUUGUUGUGUUAUUGUGGUUUGUUGGGUACUGCUUCUAGAAACCAUGAAAGGCUUUGCGGAUGAUUUCAAUGCCUUUUGGUUUGCACAGAAUGUGGCUCGUGGUGGAUCACAGGAUGAAGCAAAGGUAGAGCCACAGCCGUUGCUCUUGAUUGGGGCCGGCUUGGCUCGAACGGGAACGGCAAGUUUCCAAAAGGCCAUGACGAUGUUGGGGUUGAACUGCUAUCAUAUGUUAGUGGCUCACGGAACCAGAGGCCACUUGGACAUGUGGCGUCGGUACUUGUUGGAUGGCGAUAAUGAUGGCGAUGUUGUUGUUACCCUUGAGGAUAUUGUCCAAGAAUUGGCCGCUUUGGGUGUCAAUGCAACGGUCGAUGCACCCACCAAUUUUGACUACCAGAAACUGAUGCAACUAUAUCCACAAGCCAAGGUCAUCUUGACUAUUCGAAGUGAAGAGAAUGCCACCGUGGCGGCUGAAAAAUGGGCCGACAGCAUGACCAGCAGCGUUCUUCGGGUUCUUCCCAUCGCCUCGGAUAUUCCAUGGCGCUGGUUUCCCGUGGCCAGACGUUUGGCGGAAUUUGAUGUUGCCUUAUACAAGCAUGCGAAGCUUCCUCAGCACAAACAAGAUCGUCACUUGCUGGCAGAUUAUUAUAGAGAGUGGAAUGAGCAAGUCGUCCGGAAUGUGCCAGCAGAUAAUUUGCUUGUGUUUAGGGCAACAGAUGGAUGGGAUCCAUUGUGUGACUGUCUAUCAUCUGUAUCCGACAUUAUUCGCACCAAUUGCGAUGCAUUGAUUGCCUCCGAUGAGCCGUAUCCUCAUGUCCAUGACUCGGCCAAACUAAAGUCGGUGAUUGCCGUGUUUGUAGUCAUUUCCAUCCUAUUCAAGGCCAUGCUUGUCGUCGUGCCGAUUGUAGCAUCAGCGCGACUGCUGAUACGGAUCAGAUCCAAAGCCAAUGACAGCAAAGACAAGUCAGAAUAGCUGUCAGAAUAGAAUAGAGUAGAUGCACUUCAUGGAAAUCCCAAAGUGCCUUAGAGGAAUGAAGGAAAAUGGUGACAUCUUUUCCACAGUCAAUCUACAUGUACCGGUACAAACCAAAGACAUUUCGACAAAGAUGGGUAUACGUGUUCAAGGAGUGCUACAGCUAAUGUAUACUGUUACGUGAUGUGUAUGUUCACCCUUGGACCGGAAGAGGUUCCGUAGCUGUCUCUUCAUUCUUGGACAGUACUUCUUUAGCAGCAGCUGCUGUCAAUUCCUUCAAAGCCUCUUCAUCCAGUUCUUCACUCGGAGCUGCUGUUUCUUCACUAGUAAAGACAUCUUCCUGUUGUUGCAACAAGCCAGCUUUGAUUUCUUCCAUCACUGGUGCAUCACCAAACCACAUGCUGGCAAAUGCCCGUUGAAACUCUGUACCCUCAAUCUCUCCCACAUGUUCCCCUUGAUUGGUCAAUACCAUUUUAUCUGGGGAAAAGUGGAAUCGGAUGACUCCCUUUCCGCCAUGGGUCCAUCCCCGAGCAGUUCUAGAAACUUGGCGCGGUCGUCCGCGUAUCCCUCAUAGUCACUGUCCGUGACACUAGUGUCCAACUGGUAAUUCCAGGCAAUGCUCAUUUGCGUGGGUGUAAUGUCACGCAAAAAAGUGAAUUCC